AUGGCUCCAGAGAACCCACCGAAGGACAAGAGGCCGGCGAGGACCCACGAGCAUCCGCCAGAAGAGGCAAGAUCAGCUGGGAAAAGGAAACGAGACUGUGAAGGAAUAGAGAAUGAGCCACUAGCAAAGAGGCUGUUUGUGAGAAAAUCGUGCAAACCCCCAGAGAAAAUCGGUUGCAGUAGAGGUGUGUCCAUGAUCAGAAAUACCAGAGCCCUUUUGCAUCAGCUGGAGAGGCAGUGCAGCAUUGUCCAUUACAUCUACCAGAACAUGCUGGGAGGCUCCAUCCGGGCACAGCUCAGGCAGUGUCUGCAGCUGCCAUUUCUACGUUCGCUCACCUCAUACCGCCUUUUCCGAACAGCAAGUCCCUUUGACAGGAGAGUGACUUGCCUGGAAUGGCAUCCGACACACCCCAGUACUGUAGCUGUCGGUUCCAAAGGUGGAGACAUCAUCCUUUGGGACUAUGAAGUGCUUAAUAAGACAUGCUUCAUUAAAGGGAUGGGAGCUGGAGGGACCAUCACAGCAAUGAAGUUUAACCCUUUUAACCCUAGUCAGCUGUACACAUCGUCAGUGGCCGGCACUACAACUCUGCAGGAUUUUAAUGGCAAUACUGUCCGGGUCUUCACCAGCACCGAGGACUGGGACUGCUGGUACUGCAGCGUUGAUGUGUCUGCGAGCUGCCGCGCCGUGGUGACGGGCGAUAACGCGGGCAGGGUGGUCCUGCUCAGCACCUCUGGGGAAGAGAUCUGGAAGCUGAAAUUACACAAGAAGAAAGUGACUCAUGUGGAGUUUAACUCUCGAUGUGAAUGGUUGUUGGCCACAGCCUCUGUGGACCAGACAGUCAAAAUCUGGGACCUGAGGAGUAUCAAAGACAAAACAAGUUUUCUUCAUGUGCUUCCUCAUGACAAAGCCGUCAAUUCAGCUUAUUUUAGCCCAACAGAUGGUGCCAAGCUCCUGACCACAGACCAGCGCAGCGAAAUCAGGGUUUACUCCUCUUCAGACUGGACCAAGCCGCAGCAUCUGAUCCCACAUCCACAUCGGCAGUUCCAGCACCUCACAGCUAUCAAGGCAACGUGGCACCCUCGCUACGACCUCAUCGUGGCAGGUCGCUACCCAGACCCUAAGUUCCCAGGUUAUACAGUGAAUGAGCUCCGGACUGUGGAUAUAUUUGAUGGGAACACUGGAGAGAUGGUGUGUCAGCUCCAUGACCCAAAUGCAUCCGGUAUAAUCUCGCUCAAUAAAUUUAACCCAAUGGGAGACACGCUGGCGUCUGGCAUGGGUUUCAAUAUUCUGAUCUGGAGCCGGGAGGAAAUGGUGGCCAAGAAACAAGAACAUCUUUUGAAAGCCAUGACAGAACAGGGGAUCGGAAGCCGGAGCUCAUCCCGACGUGGAGGACAAAGGCAAGCAAACCCUGGGACAAGCAAACUCAAAACUAAGUUACUGUCUUGGGAAGCAGAGGAGGCAAAAACAAAGAGUAAAUCACAGGGAAGGAAGAGAAAAGGGAAGGAUCUAGAGAACUGAUUUAGUAUUUUGAUCCUUUCUGGAUCAUUGAGGACAUACUCAGUGCUACCAAUGGGCAGCAUAAGCCUUGCAGGGCAUUAACCUUCUACUUUGUCCUUCCUCUCUGGAUCUGACUUUCCUUCUCUGAUUCCCUUUGCUUCCCCUUCUAGUGAACUGUGCCGGCACUCAGUUCCUCCUCCACACAAGGUUACCACCCAGUUUAUAGGCACUAGGGAGACUUUAGGCCAUGGAGAGAUGUUAUCAGACUCUGCUGAGAUUCAUGCUACCACAUCUCUGCAUGUCAGCACUCUG